AUGUGGGUUGAAACUAUUCCUACUGUUGGCGUCUGGCUCGGUACUUUCUACCUUGGCUACAUGGCCAAGAUGUACACUGAUGAAGCUGGAACCCACAAGGGUGCUCUUUCCGGUGGUCUCUGGUGGUGGCCCCUGAACUGGUCUAACUCUGGAACUAAGAAGCCUCCAUGUGGUGCCUUCCAGGGCUUUGAAUACACCGUUGAGAACCACCAAUACGGACGAGACAUGCAAAUGGCACUUCGAGCUCACAAUACCGAGUGGAUCCACCCCAACAUCAUGCCCAAGUCGUUCCUCUUCGCCGCUCAGCAGAACAAAUAA